GCUUGCCAUAGUUUGGACACAAACAAGGAAGUGCAUUAUAUUGAAAAUUUAGAGCAACAAAAUAGUGGAUGUAAUGCAUUUAAACAAUGUAUUGCUACUUUAUUUGACAUAAAACAAUUUGGAUGCAUACAGUGCCGUUCAUUAGAAACUGAUACAAUAAAUUGGCUAUUAUAGGUUAAGGACCUUGCGCGAGAUCUCCAAUUUCCGUCAAUGCAGGUAUGCUAGCUAGCUAACUUGCUAGUUUAGCUGAACAGCGAUGGCAGCAAAUCCCGAAAAGACAUUCAAGUUUGUGGUCGUCGGUGGUGGCAUUGCAGGUGUAACGUGUGCUGAGCAGCUGGCCUCCCAGUUCCCAUCAGCUGAUGUUGCUCUCCUGACAGCAGCCCCUCUGAUUAAGGCAGUCUGCAACUUCAAACAGGUAUCUAAGACGCUGGAGGAGUUUGAUGUGGAGGAGAGGCCCUCCAGUGUUCUAGAGGAAAAGUACCCCAACCUGAGAGUCAUCCAGUCUGCAGUGAAGGCCCUUCAUGCACAACAACAUACUUUGCAGACUGUGGAUGGUCUGGAGAUCCACUAUGAGAAGCUGUGUAUCUGUAGCGGGGGCAGACCCAAACUCCUUACCCAGGAUAACCCCUAUGUGCUGGGGAUACGAGACACAGAUAGUGCCCAGGAGUUUCAGAAGCGGUUAUCCAAAGCCAAGCGAAUUGUAGUCGUUGGAAACGGAGGGAUUGCCUUGGAACUAGUGUAUGAGGUGGAAGGUUGUGAGGUAAUCUGGGUAGUGAAAGACAAGGCCAUAGGAAACACCUUCUUUGACGCGGGAGCAGCCCAGUUCCUGAUCCCCUCCCUGGACACAGACAAACCAGAGCGAGCUGCUACCUGUAAGAGGGCUCGCUACACCAUAGAGGGGCCUGCAGCUACGCAGGGCCUUGCUGUAGGUGGCGACAGACAAGGCCAGAGAAGAGGGUUGGAAGAGCCAGGCAGUGCCCUGGGACCAGACUGGCAUGAAGGCAUCAGUCUGAGAGGAGCAGAGGAGGUGUCUCACAGGGUGUCAGUGGAGUACCAGUCUGAGGUGAAACAGAUCUACACUCACCAGGACUUCCUGCUGUCACCACUUGCCUCACAGACAGCAGACACUGGCUCUUGGCCAGUGUAUGCUCAGCUGACCAAUGGGAAGACUUUUGGCUGUGACUUCAUCGUCAGUGCCACAGGAGUCGUGCCAAACACCGAACCUUUUCUCCAUGGAAACAGCUUUGCGUUAGCCGAGGACUCUGGGCUGAAAGUGGAUGACCACAUGAUGACAACAGAACCAGACAUUUACGCUGCUGGAGACGUAUGUACAGCAGGCUGGGAGCCAAGCCACCUCUGGCAGCAGAUGCGUCUGUGGACGCAGGCCCGUCAGAUGGGCUGGUACGCAGGGCGAUGUAUGGCUGCUGAUGUCCUGUCUGAAACCAUAGAGCUGGACUUCUGCUUUGAACUCUUCUCUCACAUUACAAAGUUCUUCAACUACAAGGUGGUUCUGCUGGGGAAGUUUAACGGCCAGGGUCUGGGUCUGAACCAGGAGUUGUUGGUGCGCUGCACUAAGGGCCAUGAGUACGUCAAGGUAGUGCUGAGCGGAGGGAGGAUGUUGGGAGCAGUCCUUAUUGGAGAGACUGACCUGGAAGAGACCUUUGAGAACCUCAUCCUCAACCAGAUGGACCUAACACCCUACGGAGAAGAGCUACUAAAUCCCAACAUAGACAUAGAGGACUACUUUGACUGAGCCUGUGUGUCUACCUAACACCCUAUGGAGGGUUACUACUCAACCCCGACAUAGACCACUUUGACUGAGGGGCCAAGAACUACCUCGUAAAUCAAUACUAAACUGGAUGUAUGCUUUAGCCCUGUUUAUAUCUGAUGCUAACAUGUCCUGAUCUUGCCCACAUUUUUAGACUGGUGUAGAUAAAAAAAUAAAAAAACUGAUUGUGAUAAGAUCUUCCUGACCACCUCCGGAGGUAGUCAGGGACACAUUGUAUCUGGAUUGUGUAAACAGAUCUGGAUUAUCAAACCAUUUAAUUUGUCCCUCUAAAAUCAUUGACAGGUGGCACUAUUGACCCAAUGUGUCAGUAUUUGUUUUAACAUAAAACAUGAUUAUUUUGAAACAAUAUCUGUCAAAUAAUUUACAUACAGGGAGGGACCAGGUCAUCUGGUAACAAUGCAGACACAGUGGAUAGAUAGUCUUGUUCCCACGGCAGCCCUUAAUGCUCAAAUCAGUUUUAUUUUUCAAAUCCAUUUUGGAACACUGACUGUCCAAACAGUGACCUAAUCGGAUGUGUGUGUUCAGACAGCAGUCAUGGCUGUCAUAGUAACAACAGAUGUGUGUGCAGUGGUGUAGGCUGAUUGGUGCUUCCUAUCCCUCGGAAGUUAUCUACUGUAGCAAGCUAAAGUGAUAGCAAUUCCUGCCAUGGACAUUUCCCAGUUACUUUGAAUGUUCAAAAUCAUAGUGUAAGAACAGAAGCUAGGUAGCCAUUUAGCUUUCUAGCACAGUCACUCUUUUGUUUGUAAACAAUUAACAAGUUAGUUAGCUACCACAGGUUCUUGUCAAACUAUCAGAGUAGCGAGGAAGCAACACGAUAUGCCAAAUUACAAUCUAAAAACCACUUGAGGGCAAAUAAACCAGAUUUGACCGUUCAGACAAGUCUCAUAUGGCCAGGAAUCAGAUUUAUCUUAUUUAAAAUCACCUUUGAAGGUGGUUUGAAAUAUCAGAUUCCAUGUGCUUUUUGGCUGUUCAGACGGCAAGAAAAAUAGAUUAAAAUCUGAUAUGCAUGUAUUUUUUUGUCACUUUAAACUGCCAAUGUGACAUUAAAAUACCUUGUGUAGUUGCUGCAAAUGUAUAGACUAUUGAUGCGGUGGUCAGCUGUUUGUUCACCAGCACUUGCUAAUAACCCAUCUGCAACCACCCGACUACAUGUGAUAGUGAAAAUAUGAGGCCGACUAACCCGCAAAAAAUGCGCCUUCCCUUUUUUCCUCAGUGGAUCGAUGUGAACUUUUUCUGCCCAAGUUACCAAAGCAUUUGGCACGUGUACAGUUAGGCCCACGCACUAAAUCCAGAUAAAAAUGAAAGCUAAAUCUCAAUGUAGCUAUAGAUUUGAAUUGCACAAUAAUGAUUAAUUUAUGGAUUUUUUUAUGCAUUGUUUUCCCUUUAUUCAACCUGUACGCAACCCACUCCCCCAUCAUCCACACUAUUUCAUGACCCUAAACCCGGAUAUAACAGCAGAUUGCGGGUAAUGAGUCAACCCGCGUGUGUAUGCGAUCCUUGUGUAGGUGCUAAUAUUGAUCGGAUCAUCUUGAUUUGACCACAAAAACCACAUGUUAAUGCAAGAUGUAACCAGGGCUAUAAAUAUACCUUUGUUGAGAAAGGGCAUUGGCAAGUUUAGAACCUGACAUCCUGGUCCCUAUCCCAGUGCCUAGUCUAUUGCGCAAAAGCAAUUGGGAGGGUACAACUAGUUUUUUUUCUUUUCUUUUUACAUAUAUAAAGCUGUUCAGUCAGAAUUGUGAUUAGUAAGGUUGGAAAACAAAAGCUGCAUUGGCAUUCCAACUGGCAACAUUGUGUGUCGCAAACCGUGUUUAACGCCCUCGAACCUACUUCCCUAAAGAAGGCUUUUCUUUAUUUGACUCUCACCUGUACACUCCACCCUUUGACCUGUCCAUCGAGCUUUCAUCCAACCAAUCAAUUCGUCCCUGAGUACCUCUGGAAACAGUCUGGAAUAUCUGAUCACAAUCAGUUCUUUUCAUCGUCUUAACCUGUCUAAAAAUGUGGACAAGAUCAGGACACGUGUUAGCACCAGGGAUAAACGGGGCUCUUGACUGAAUCCUGCAGGGCUAAGAACAGAUUUGCGUAUCAAUAUCAAACCUCGAAUUAAUAACCCUUUUCUUGAGAACAAUGUUAUGAGUAAUCUGCAAUACACUGUAAAAAAAAAAAAAAAACCUGGGGUGAAUUGAA